AAAAGGACACUCACUCAUAAAAUGUCUCCCAUUAUUCUUGUUCUUCUUUUUGCUGCAUCUUCUGCUGUUGUUGCUGGCUCUAAUGGAUCUAUUCCAUUAACUCUCUCUGUAUUGCUCCCACUCUCAUUUGUUCAUCUUAAUGGACAUGCUUAUCUUCCUGCAAUGGACAUCUCCCUAGAACUGAUCAAUAACAAGACAGACCUUCUUCCUGGCUAUACUCUCAAAGCUGUUGUUAAUGAUUCUGCAUGUUCUGAUAGUUCAGGUGUUAGGAGUUUUAUUGAUGUUAUAUUCAAAGAGCCAGUGAAGAUAGCAAUGGUUGGUCCUAUUUGUUCAUCAUCUACAUCACCAGUGGCUGAACUAGCUCACUUUUGGAACCUUGUACUAAUAUCAGCAGGUGCUACUAGUCCCUCAUUAUCCAAUACUGCUGUGUAUCCAACCUUUUUAAGGAGUAUUUCAGUAGACACAGCUGCAGUGGAGGGUAUCAUUGCACUAAUGAAGAAAUAUGGCUGGACUAGAGUAGCUGCCAUAACAUCACAGCAAGAUUUAUUCCAAGCAGUUUAUUCUGAACUCAGUCAAGCUGUGCUGAAUAACAAUUUUGAAGAAGCUAGGAACUUUGCAUUUGGAGAAUUUGAGAAUCCAAGGGCUACUGUCAAUAGUCUUUACAACUCACCAUUUAGGAUAAUAUUUGUGAACAUGUAUCCAGCAAAAGCUAUUGAAAUAAUCUGUCAGGUACAUCAAUAUAUUUUGGUCCAUUUAUUAAAUUGGCCGUAA